CGAUUACUUAAUUUAUUGGUGGUUCCUUUAUGCCGGAGGUUUUCGGUGAGACGCGGUUAGCUUGUUAGCAUUGCUAAAGCUAGCUGCGUUCACCAGGGAGCGAGCGUCUCAUUAAACUGAUUCAGUUGUACGUUUAUAUUUCGUGUGUAUAGAUGAUGGGCAGGGUGAUGAUUAUUGCAGGGCUCUGAGCAGUAUGUUAUUGCGUCGUAAUUGCUAUAAGUUUUGCGAAGUUUGCUGUAAUGGCUAAAUUAAUCUGCAGCGAUUAGUCAGAACUUUAAGAUGUCCAACCAUAUUUCCUAAAUCUAUUGUCAGAAUCGAGAUGCUACUUUGUCCGUUUCUUACUUGGUAAUCACACAAACGGCCCUCUGGUUGUAAAAAUGUUUCAGAUGGCUGAGGAUAAUAAAAAGAGGGCUGCCCGCAAGCGGCACUGCAGUCGCAACCCUGUACUGGCCAGGGGUAUCGGACGCUUCUCCCGCUCGGCCAUGUUUGCCCGGCGCGCCAUGUACAAGAGGAAGACUAAGGCACCUGAAACCAGGAUUGAGAAGAAGCUGAAGGAGAAACCCCCUACCACCGUGGUGAAAACUGUUGGUGGAGACAAGAAUGGAGGUACCCGUGUUAUCAGACUGCGCAAGAUGCCACGUUACUACCCAACAGAAGAUGUGCCCCGGAAGCUGCGCAGUCAUGGCAUCAAGCCCUUCAGCCAGCACAGGAGGAAACUGCGCUCUUCCAUCACGCCUGGAACUGUACUCAUCAUGCUAACCGGCCGCCACCGUGGCAAGCGUGUGGUUUUUCUCAAGCAGCUGUCUAGUGGCCUCCUCCUUGUCACAGGUCCUUUAGCAUUGAACAGAGUUCCUCUGCGUCGAGCCCAUCAAAAGUUCUGCAUUGCCACUUCCACCAAGCUGGACAUCUCAAGCAUGAAGCUUCCCAAGAACCUGAAUGAUGCUUACUUCAAGAAGAAGAAGCUCAGGAAGCCCAAACACCAAGAAGGGGAGAUCUUUGACACUGAGAAAGAGAAGUACCAACUGACAGAGCAGCGGAAGGAAGACCAGAAAGCUGUUGACUCUCAGCUGUUGCCUCUUAUUAAAAAAGUUCCUCAGCUGAAAGGGUACCUGCGCUCCCAAUUUUUCCUCUCCAAUGGGGUGUAUCCCCACAAACUGGUUUUCUAAAGAAAUAAAACUUGGUUAUUCCACCCACUAA